UGGUAUCCUGAAGGAAAUCUAAGAAAAGACCUUGAACAAUUCAAAAUGACAGUACAUCUUUUUGGUGCUACUUCUUCACCCAGUUGUGCUUCUUAUGCUUUGCGUAGAACAGCUGAAGAUGCCAGAGAUACAUUUCCUGAGGAAGCUGUUAACACCGUUCUCAAUAAUUUCUACAUGGAUGACUGUUUAAGGUCAGUGACAACAGAAGAACAAGCAAUAAAGCUGACAAAGGACCUCCAAGCUCUAUGCCUCAAAGGGGGAUUUCAUUUGACUAAGUGGGUGAGUAACAACAGAGAAGUUUUAUUGUCUAUACCUGAAGAAGACAGAGCUCAUGAACAAAAUGACUUAGAUUUGAGCCACAGUCUCCUUCCCACAGAGUGUGCCCUGAGUGUCCAGUGGUGCACAGAAACGGACAGUUUCAAAUUUCAGAUUAAGUUACAAAACAAGCCCGCUACAAGGCAUGGUAUUCUGUCUGUUGUUAGCUCAGUUUAUGAUCCACUUGGUUUUUUAGCACCAGCCAUACUGCCAGCAAAGCUUAUUCUAAGAGACUUAUGCAAAGCGAAAUUUGGGUGGGAUGAAGAAGUAGAAGUCAAACACAUUCAGAAAUGGAAAAAAUGGAUGGAUGAUUUGCAGUUACUUACAGACUAUAAAGUGAACAGUGGUGUUAACUCCCCUCUUGAAACAUUCAUUGGUGUUGAGGAGACUUUGACAGUUGUGAAGCACUCUGCUAUUUAA